UAUCCGCUACGAUGUGGGAACACUCCUAAUGUAGUGUUUGAUGGUUUGACUCGGGAGAAACGACAGCUUUACCGCACCCACUUUGUUGUUUAUAAUAUUAUUAGCGUGCUGAGCUCGUGCUGUGGCCGUUGUGAACAAGUACAGGUCUACGUUUCUGUGUGUCGGUCAGAGUUUCUUCCAAGGGCAUCAUCAGUGAGCGACACGGUGCGGCAGUGAUGCGCACAGUUGACGGCAGGACACAUCCAGUGUGAGGGAGCGGGGUUUGUGCUCGAGGUUCCCGGUUUUCACAGCUUUUCUCGGUGAAAAUCGCCUGCUUUGCUUCCAGCUCCCUGACUGCUGCUGCUUCACCUGCUUUAGGAUGCGACGACGUCAUGAGUUGAUGGCGCCUGCUGCUGCUGACAGAUGUUGCUGUGCUGCAGUUGCACGGGCAUAAAUUCUGCGCAUGUACUGCCGCUCGCUGUGUUCUGCUCAUUCUGUGCAUUUUAUUUUAUUUUCUAAAAAAAAAAUCCACAACCUGUUCUAAAUGAUAAGUCCUCGCGCUGUGCUCGGACACAUCGCAACAUUCAUCUAAUUUUCGGUGUUGCAUAAAAUGCUACCUGGAUCUGCCGCAUCAAUGCUACCGUCUGCAGAAGCUGCGAAAUUGUACCAGACCAAUUACGUCCGCAACUCCCGCGUCAUCGGACUUUUAUGGGCCAUCUUCACGAUCCUGUUCGGCAUCGUUAACGUGACCAUCUUCUCGCAGCCCUACUGGAUCGGGGAUGGCGUGGACACGCCGCAGGCCGGAUACUUCGGUCUGUUCCACUAUUGCAUCGGAGACGGAAUCUCCAGAGAGCUGGCCUGUCAGGGCAGCUUCACCGAGUUCGCCGCCAUCCCCUCCACUGCCUUCAAGGCCGCCUCCUUCUUCAUCGGAAUGUCCAUGAUGCUCGUUGUAUCCUGCAUCGGCUGCUUCAGCCUCUUCUUCCUCCUCAGCACGUCCACCGUCUACAAGAUCUGUGGCUGGAUGCAAGCGGCAUCAGGUGCCUCUCUGGUGCUGGGCUGUAUGAUCUACCCUGACGGCUGGGACAGUGAGGAGGUGCGGCGGAUGUGCGGCGAUAAGACAGACAAAUACAGCCUGGGAGCCUGCUCAGUGCGCUGGGCCUACAUCUUGGCUAUUAUGGGCAUCCUCGAUGCUCUCAUCCUCUCUUUCCUGGCCUUCGUCCUGGGGAACAGACAGGACGGGCUCAUGUCAGAAGAGCUGCUGGCUGAAAGCAAGGAGGGAGGCAACGCCUAAUUCAAUCUGUACAGUCCCUGAUUCUCCAUGUGUCUGUUUUCAUACUAGUCCCUUGACAUCAGCAUAGAGGGAGGAGGCAGUCCAGGUCUGUGGAGGAGAGGAAAAGUAUUCAACCAGCCAGCCUGCCUUUUACAUCUACCUGCCAAAAAAAACAAAAAACCCAGUGUAACACUACUGAUGAAUCCAUUCUGCUCACAGUUCCCACGUCAUUCCCAGCAGUUAGAUGGAGCCCAGUCUUUUAUCCCAUAGUGUCCAUGGAGCUAAGACUUGCACAACAUCGCAUAGACAAUAGCAGGGGUAGAGACUGUUAUUCUUAUUGAGAUGUGUACGUGAACUUCCCACUGCCGACUGGAGAAGGCACAAGGUUGACACCUGCAGUACGAGCACAGCCACACAAACACAUUAAACACGAAAGGCACCUCCCUCUUAUCCACUAGAGCGACUCUGUAUACUGCAUACAUAACAUUCAAUACCAACGCCACACAUUAACCAGUUGUAAUAACAAAUAUUAGUAUAUGUUAACACAUUAGGCGUGUGUAUCAAUGUCAGAAUGUGUCAUGUUUUCCUUUGUGAAAAGAAGAAACGGCUCAGUUCCAGAUAACGCUGGGUUACUGUAAAUCUAUUGUGUUUCAUAUGUAAGGUUUGACAACGACAUGACUCUUCUCUCAUAUGCUCCUUUGUUCAUCCCCAUUUACUAGAAAAUACGAUAUUUAAGACUGUUUUAUAAAAAGAUUAUCACCAAAAAGAGAGAGGAAAAAAAAGUAUUUACAAAGUAUGUACAGUGAAUAUUAACAAUGUUUUAGAACUUUUAACAAAACCCAUCCAAUGCCCUGCUAUCUAACUUUGCACAGAGCUUCAGUUUGAGGAAAUAAAAUAAAAAAAUCUGA